CACAUCGAACAAAAAUGCAUCAGCACACCAAACUCGCUGUGGGUCUUCUGGUGAUCGUGGGGGCCGGGGCAUGCGUGCUCUCCUCCUGGUUUCUUCUUAGUGCCUUGGACACCGCCGAGCGCCUCCACAGAACCGCGGAGGUGCUCCGGGCAACGGACCCUCCAGCAAGCCUGCUGGGCCGCCUGCGGGGUGCCCUGGCUACCCUGUGGUGGCUUGGCCCCCUCAGGCCCAGCCCUGUGCGGGACCCGCUGGAGGAGUGCGGGGUGAUGCUCGGCGCCUCACCGCCCUGGUGGGAAGCGGUCUGGAAUCACGCCGAGAACCGGCGUCAGCUGGCAUGUCUGCGGGAGCAUGUCGCGCUGCUCGGGGGAGAACACUCGCAGCUUGGCAGCGGCCUGGAGGGCCUCCCGUUCCCGUGUCUGGUCAUCGCGGCCCUCCUCAUGGUGGCCGGCUGGCUCUACGCCGCCGCCAAGUCCCGCGUCGACGGCGGUGACGCCACGAGUGCCCCAGUCGUCAUGCCUAUCCCAAAGGAGGUGGUGACUAUCCCAGAGGAGGUGGUGACUAUCCCAGAGGAGGUGGUGACUAUCCCAGAGGAGGUGGUGACUAUCCCAGAGGAGGUGGUGACUAUCCCAGAGGAGGUGGUGACUAUCCCAGAGGAGGUGGUGACUAUCCUAAAGGAGGUGGUGACUAUCCCAGAGGAGGUGGUGACUAUCCCAGAGGAGGUGGUGACUAUCCCAGAGGAGUUGGUUACUAUUCCAAACGAGGUGGUGACUAUCCCAGAGGAGGUGGUGACUAUCCCAGAGGAGGUGGUGACUAUCCCAGAGGAGGUGGUGACUAUCCCAGAGGAGGUGGUGACUAUCCCAGAGGAGGUGGUGACUAUCCCAGAGGAGGUGGUGACUAUCCCAGAGGAGGUGGUGACUAUCCCAGAGGAGGUGGUGAUUAUCCCAGAGGAGGUGGUGACUAUCCCAGAGGAGGUGGUGACCAUCCCAGAGGAGGUGGUGACUAUCCCAGAGGAGGUGGUGACCAUCCCAAAGGAGGUGGUGACUAUCCCAGAGGAGGGGGUUACUAUCCCAGAAGAGGGGGUUACUAUUCCAAAGGAGGUGGUGACUAUCCCAGAGGAGGUGGUGACUAUCCCAGAGGAGGGGGUUACUAUCCCAAAGGAGGUUGUGACUAUCCCAAAGGAGGUGGUGACUAUCCCAAAGGAGGCUGUGACUAUCCCAAAGGAGGUUGUGGCUAUCCCAAAGGAGGUUGUCACUAUCCCAAAGGAGGUUGUGACUAUCCCAAAGGAGGUGGUGACUAUCCCAAAGGAGGUGGUGACUAUCCCAAAGGAGGUUGUGAUUAUCCCAAAGGAGGUUGUGACUAUCCCAAAGGAGGUGGUGACUAUUCCAAAGGAGGUGGUGACUAUCCCAAAGGAGGUGGUGACUAUCCCAAAGGAGGUGGUGACUUUCCCAAAGGAGGUUGUGACUAUCCCAAAGAAGGUGGUGACUUCUCCAAAGGAGGUGGAAGUAAACUCCAUCCAGCACGUAGUUCAGUCCCUGUGGCAGGAAGUUCAAGUGGUGUCUGAAGUGAUCUACCCGCUGUGCCAAGACAUCGACGCCACCUGGGAGGAGGUUCAGGCCCUCUGGAGGGACAUGGAGCCGGUCUGGCAACACGUGCAGGCCAUCUGGUAG